AUGACUUCUGCUAUUACUACUACCACUACUGUUUUUGUUUCCGGUGCCAAUGGUUUCAUUGCCCAACACAUUGUUAAACAAUUACUAGUGAAGGGUUAUGCUGUCAUCGGUACUGUCAGAACGACCUCAAAGGGUGAAUCACUAAAAGAAUUGGUCAAAUCAGACAAGUUUUCUUAUGAAGUUAUUCCUGACCUAGUUUCUGAAGGUGCUUUUGACCAAGUCUUGGAAAAGCAUCCAGAAGCCACCGUGUUCAUCCAUACUGCCUCCCCAGUCACUUUUUCCGCAACUGAUGUUGAGAAGGAAUUAUUAAUUCCUGCUGUUCAAGGUACAAAGAAUGUCCUUGCUGCGAUCAGUAAACAUGGUCCACAAAUCAAAAGAGUAGUUAUCACUUCCUCAAUAGUUGCUAUGCUUACUUGGUCCCCAAGCUCUUUUGACAAUGAAAGAUCCCAUACUGAAGAAGAUUGGAAUCCAAUUACUUAUGAAGAAAGUAAAGAAAAUUCCUUUGUUGGCUAUUUGGGUUCUAAGAAGUUUGCCGAAUUAGCAGCAUGGGAAUAUAUCAAAGAAAACAAAUCAAAUUUCGAUAUUUCAUUCGUCAAUCCUGCAUAUGUAUUCGGUCCUCAAGCUUAUGCUAUUAAAGAUAAGUCUCAAUUAAACUUAUCUAAUGAAAUCAUUAAUAGCAUUGCAAAAUUGGGCCCAAACGAUGAGAUUCCUGAAUUAGCUGGGACUUUUAUUGACGUUAGAGAUGUUGCCAAGGCUCACAUAUUUGCCUUUGAGAGUGAUAGGGCCAUUGGUAAGAGAUUAUCAUUAGUUGAGGGUAAGUUUUCUAAGGAAGGUAUUGCCACAUUGAUUCAUGAAAAAUUCCCUAAAUCUACAGUUCCAAAGGGUGAUUUGACCAAGGAACCUGAACAGUUCAAGAAACAAGUGUUUAAUAUUGAUAAUAGCAAGACUAGAGAACUUCUUGGUUUCGAUUUUGUUGGGCUUGAACAAUCGAUUAUUGAUACUGCGCAACAGAUCUAUGCUGCUAAUUAG